GGCUGAGGGUGAGGGAACGAAAGCGACGCCCUUCGGUGGCUCAGAGAAAACAACAGGGGGGUGCGGGGGGGGGGGUAGAAAGUCCGUGGCGCAGGCGCAGUGCGCGCCCCAGCCCCAUCUCGAGCCGUCGGCGCUCGAGUUCCCCCCCUCAGAGGCGAUGCUGUCAGGCGACGAAGGGGAAGGCGAGGCGGCGGCCGGAGGGGGCGCCCCUUCCCUCAGCCCCGCCCGGCGAGCAGAGGAAGAGGAGGAGGGGAAGAAGGAGGAGGAGGAGGAGGAGGAAGAAGAGGCGGACGCCCGGCAGCGCUACGAGGAGCUGUGCGGCAGCCUCAACAUGGACGAGCGCGCCCGAGCCGAGGCCUGGCUCGAUUACCAGAGCAUGAAGCGCAACUACACCCUGGAGGGGGACAGUCUACAUUGGCUAGCAUGCUCCUUGUAUGUGGCUUGCAGAAAAGCGGUGCCCACUGUUAGCAGAGGAACUGUUGAAGGAAACUAUGUAUCCUUAAUCAGAAUAUUACGCUGUUCAGGGCAAAGUUUGAUAGAGUUUUUUAACAAGAUGAAGAAGUGGGAAGAUAUGGCAAAUCUACCCUCUCAGUUCAGAGAACGUACUGCAAGAUUAGAAAGGAACUUUACAGUUUCUGCUGUAAUUUUUAAGAAGUAUGAACCCAUUUUUCAGGAUAUCUUCAAGCACCCUCAAGAAGACCAGCCACGUCAGCAAAGAGGAAGGAAGCAAAGGAGACAACCUUGCACAGUCUCUGAGGUUUUUCAGUUUUGCUGGGUGCUGUUUGUUUAUGCAAAAGGCAAUUUCCCCAGGAUCAGUGAUGACUUGGUCAAUUCCUACCACCUUCUGUUGUGUGUCCUGGAUCUAGUCUAUGGAAAUGCUCUGCAGUGCACAAAUCGUAAGGAUCUUCUGAAUCUCAGCUUUAAAGGGUUACCUGAAGACAUUCAUAGCAAAGAUUACAAACCUAUGUCUGAGCCUCCUUGCAUCAUUGAAAAACUCUGCUCGUUGCAUGACGGUUUGGUAUUGGAAGCCAAGGGCAUCAAAGAACAUUUCUGGAAGCCUUAUGUGAGAAAACUUUUUGAGAAAAAGAUUCUAAAAGGAAAAGAAGAAACUCUUACUGGGUUUUUAGAUCCUGGGCAUUUUGGAGAGAGCUUUAAAGCUAUCAACAAAGCCUACGAGGAGUAUGUGUUGUCAGUGGGCAACCUAGAUGAGCGUAUAUUUCUUGGAGAUGAUGCAGAUGAGGAAAUAGGAACUCUGCGGAGGUUCCUGAACACGUCUUCGGGAAUGGAAACAGCAGAAAGAGCACAAAUGAAAUACAGUCUGCAGGAACAUUUUGAACGUACGAAAUCGUUUGGAAUAGCCACCCCUCUUACUGGCCGAAAGUACGUAAAGGAGAGUGAUUCUUGUGUGAGCCCCGUCUCCAUUGCAACGUACAGCUUGACCCGGCUUCAUACAAUGCUGACAGGGCUAAAAAAUGCCCCCAGCGAAAAUCUGGAGCAAAUUCUCAGGGCAUGUUCCAGAGAUCCUUCCUUGUCGAUUGCCAACAGAGUGAAAGAAAUGUAUGAAAUUUAUUGCCAGAGGACACAACAUCAGGGCGAACCUGGCACCUUUUCCAAAGAUGUUGUCGGAAAACACUUUCGUCUUGCUGAGGUCCUCUACUAUAAGGUGUUGGAAUCUGUCAUUGAACAAGAGAAAAGAAGGCUAGGAGAUGCUGACUUGUCUGCAAUCCUGGAACAUGACGUGUUUCACAGAUCACUGCUGGCCUGCUGCCUUGAAAUAAUAACUUACUCUUACAAAUCAGCGGACAGCUUCCCGUUAAUCACUGACAUAUUUGACGUCCCCGUCUUUCACUUUUACAAGGUUAUAGAAAUUCUAAUCAGAGCAGAAGAUGGCCUGUGCAGAGAAGUGGUGAAGCAUUUGAAUCACAUCGAAGAGCAGAUUUUAGAAAGCCUGGCAUGGAAAGUGGAAUCCCCACUCUGGGAAAAGAUCAAGGAGAAUGAGAAUAAAGUUCCUACCUGUGAAGAGGUAAUGCCGUCUCACUAUUUUGAGAGGCCAGAUGGAAACAGUGUGUUGGGUUCUCCUUUAACUCCUAGGAGACUAAAUGAAGUUCGUGCUGAAACUGGAGCUCUGGGAAAGGGACUCGCAUCUUCUCCAACCACACUAUAUGAAAGAUACAGCUCUCCUGCAGGCAACUCGACUAGGAGAAGACUGUUUGUUGAUAAUGAUACCCCCGCAGACAACAGUCGGACCCCUGUGAGGGUCUCCCAGCAGCCUGUGAUCAGUACCGUGCCCGUGCAGAAUGUCCCCCCAGAUACGAUUCCCAUUACUCCUGUGCCCGGGCAGACUCUAGUGACUGUGGCAACAGCAACUGUAACAGCAAAUAAUGGACAGACGGUUACGAUACCAGUUCAAGGCAUUGCCAAUGAAAACGGAGGAAUCACUUUCAUCCCAGUCCAGGUCAACGUUGGUGCGCAGGCUCAGCCGCUGGCCGGCUCCAUCCAGCCCCUCAGUGCACAGAGCCUCACUGGGACCCUGAGCACUCAACAGGUGGCUGGGGCAGCCCUGCAGUUGCAAGGCCCAGUGGCCGUCCAACAGAUUGCCCUUCCUGGAGACCAGCGGGCAAAGCAGCCGCCGGGUGGCAGCAGUGCAAAGUCCCGGAAGGCCGGCUCACUUUCACUCUUCUUUAGAAAGGUGUUCCACUUGGCGAGUGUCCGCCUGCGGGAUCUUUGUCUCAGAUUGGACAUUUCAGAUGAUCUGAGGAAGAAGAUCUGGACUUGCUUCGAGUUCUCCCUGGUCCAGUGCUCCGAGCUCAUGAUGGACCGACACUUAGACCAGCUGUUGAUGUGUGCUAUUUACAUAAUAGCAAAGGUCACAGAAGAGAACACGUCAUUUCAAAACAUCAUGCGCUGUUAUCGGUCCCAACCACAAGCUAAGAGUCAUGUGUAUCGAAACGUCUUAAUUAAGGGCAGGCGACGGCGGCGUUCAGGGAGCAGCGACAGUCAACAGAACUCUCCAGCUGGAAGGAAUGACAGAACAAGCAGAGACUCCAGCCCGGUGAUGAGAUCCAGCAGCACGCUGCCUGUUCCCCAGCCCAGCAGCGCUCCCCCGACUCCAACGCGUCUGACGGGGGCCAACAGCGACACUGAGGAAGAGGAGCGAGGGGACCUGAUUCAGUUUUACAAUAACGUCUACACAGACCGAAUUAGAGACUUUGCCCUAAAGUAUUCCCCAGCCAGUGGAGGUGAAGCUCCCCCCUUGUCUCCGUACCCAUUUGUGAGAAGCAGCUCUCCACGCAAAGUGCAGCUGUCUCAGAACCACUCUGUUUACAUCUCCCCUCACAAAAACGAGUCUGUGCUUUCUCCACGGGAAAAAAUAUUCUACUAUUUCAGCAGCAGCCCGUCCAAGAGGCUUCAAGAAAUCAACAGCAUGAUUAGAACUGGAGAGACAGUGACCAAGAAGAGGAGCAUCGUCUUGGAGGAGGGGGCCGAAUCGCCAGCCAAGCGCAUGUGCCCUGAAAACCACACCGCCCUCCUGCGGCGCCUGCAAGAUGUGGCCAAUGACCGAGGGGCUCAUUGAUGCUGGUUACAGUGAGCUGAGUUUGUUUUCUAGCACUCAGCCAGCAGGGACAGCGCUUACAACCCCUCCCUGUUUUCAAGGCACUUUCCAAGAGGAAGCAUUUUUAACUCUUUUUGGCGGGGGGAGCGUUUCUUCUUCCCCAUGAGGAACCGCAACAUGUAAAGAGACUCCAGUUUCCCUUGCUUCAGACGGGUCGGCAGCGAUGGUCCCAGUUAGGUGGGAGUAGAAAUUUGCCUCUGCAUUGAUGCUAGAACAAAAUAACGUUGUGCCUCCUGCUUUUACAUGGAGGACGUUUUUAACAGUGGCUUUGGUUUCGAGUGACAGACUUUUUAACUUAUUGGCAAAAGUUGAUGAAUCCAGUAGGAGGUGGUGUUUUAAUGACCGGCUUUUUUUUUUUAAUACAGAAAGCAUUAAUUUUGAGUUUUUCAGCUGUGUGGUAAACCGAGUGGUUUUUGCGCUUGGAAGACGUUGCAUUGCAGAAAAAGAUAAUCACUUUUUUUCGCAAAUCUUUGUUUUCGGCCUAAUGAUGGAAUUCUGUCUGUGACCUUAACUGUUUCAACCCCAGGCUUUGGUUUUUUUAGCUGUUUUUUUUAAUCUAGGGAUUCCUGAGAGCUUCAGCACUCUUGAAGGACAGUAGUGAAGACCACACAAGAAGUAGCAGCCGCAGCAAUUGGGGAGGGGGUUAAAUUAAUUGCUUCCCUGAUGCCCUUUAGGGGUUACUGUAGGGUCUUUUAUACCGAUACAAUGCUGUGUUGUUUUUGGUUGUGCAAUGUCAAGUGAACUCUUAGGCAGAAAGCUCUGAAGCAGAUUAAGAGUUUGCUGUUUACUUACAAUGGCACUUUUUAAGAGAAUAUAUUUUAAUAGCCAACAUCCUAAGAUAAUGCAUGUUUUCCUGUGUUAAAUGGCCUUAAUGUAUUUAUUUUGAGUCUGCAGUAGUUACACUUAGAACUUAAAAUAUAUUCAUUUAUGGGGCUGUCAAA